UAAAUAAUGAACUUUUUAUUCACUGGAAAACCAUUACCGCUUUUCUUCUACAAAGACCAUUUGCAAAUCAUUGCCAAAUCAACUUCUUCGACCGCUAAAAUCCGAUCUCCGGCCACAUUCAUGGCUCCCGAAGACGCUGUAGUCGUAGUGAACGGCUUGAACUUUGAGCAGAGGCACGGCAAGGAACGAGUGCGAGUGGCUCGGGUUUGGCGGACCAAAGGCGGCCGUCAUUUUAUUGUUGAAUGGAGCGUUGGCAUCAGUCUUCUCUCCGAUUGCGUCGCUGCAUACGUUAGCGACGAUAAUUCCGAUAUUGUUGCAACCGAUACUAUGAAGAACACUGUAUAUGCAAAAGCCAAGGAGUGUUCUGACCAAACUUCGGUGGAAGAUUUUGCAAUUUUUCUUGCCAAGCACUUCACGUUAUAUUACAAUCAGGUUACUACUACGAUAGUGAAGAUUGCAGAAAAGUCAUGGGAGCGUGUAUCUGUAAAUGGUCAACCACACAACCAUGGCUUCAAACUUGGAUCUGAGAAGCACACAACAGAGGUGAUAUUUAAGAAGUCAGGUGUUUUACAAGUGAGCUCUGGUAUUGAAGAACUAUCUUUGCUGAAGACAACUCAAUCAGGUUUUGAGCGAUUUCAUAGGGAUAAGUACACAGCUCUUCCUGAGACACGAGAGAGGAUAUUAGCCACCGAAGUAUCUGCUUUAUGGAGGUAUUCGUUUGAUUCUCUCUAUGAUAUCCCCAAAAACCAAGGUUACUUCACAGAAACAUACCUUGACGUGAAAAAAGUAUUAGUUGACACCUUCUUUGGUCCUCCGAAAGAGGGAGUUUAUAGCCCAUCUGUGCAAUACACUCUCUAUGAAAUGGCAAAGAAUGUCCUCAGCAGGUUCCAAGUUAUAUCAUCAGUGAAGCUGAAAAUGCCAAAUCUUCACUUCUUACCUGUCAACAUAUCAACAAAAGAUAAUCAGAGUAUCGUUAAGUUUGAGGAUGAUGUGUAUCUGCCAACAGAUGAACCGCAUGGAUCAAUUGAAGCUUCCUUGAGCCGCUUCUCUUCAAAGCUAUGAGGAAAUUAAAGCAUUUUCUUCUGCCUCCUUUUUUCCUCGGGUUGUUGUUGUGCCUUUUCCCUUUGUAGACAAAUAAGAAUGAGUUAUAAAUCUCAAUAAAAACUUUCCUGCUUGUAGAUUAAAAUAAUUAUGGAAAAAAAAAAACGUAAAAAUGUUUACUUAAAUUUGAAUGUUGGUCAUGGUUAGGUUCUUGCAUCAUGGAUACUCUGUUUUGUGUAAUGUGUACACUAUUAAUACAACUUUUUCUUCUAUCCCAAAGGGGUUUGUUUCUUUGUA